AUGUCUCAUAGUUCUGAUACAAGGAGAGAAAUCCCACCUGGGAUUUUGCUUAUUAGAAGCAUUAGAGGCAAAGAUUGGAGUCUUUCUACAUAUAGAUAUGUGAUUUUGCUUGUUACUUUCAUAGCUUAUGCAUGUUACCAUGCUUCAAGAAAACCCAGUAGUAUAGUGAAAAGUGUUUUGUAUCCUGAUUCCAACAAAGGCACAGGCUUAGGCUUGGACCCCUUGUUUGGCAGGGUUUUUGUUAAGGAAGAGUUUGGAGGAAAUGGGAAUUAUAGGUUGAUAGAGAAAGGUUGGGCUCCGUUUAAUGGAACCGACGGGACGUCGAAGUUGGGAGAGAUUGAUGUUGCAUUUCUUGCAUGUUACUCUUUGGGAAUGUAUGCUGCUGGGCAUUUGGGAGAUACAUUGGACCUCCGGUUGUUCUUGACAGCCGGGAUGAUUGGGAGUGGCAUUUUUGUUGCACUAUUUGGGAUGGGAUACUUUUGGAAUGUUCAUGUGUUUGGUUUUUAUCUUGGGAUGCAAAUGGUUGCUGGGUUAUUCCAAGCAACUGGGUGGCCUUCGGUUGUUGCUGUGAUUGGUAAUUGGUUUGGAAAGGGGAAGAGGGGUUUGAUUAUGGGUAUAUGGAAUGCACAUACUUCCAUUGGGAAUAUUAGUGGCUCACUUCUUGCUGCUAGUGUUCUGGACUAUGGGUGGGGUUGGUGUUUUAUAGUUCCAGGUGCUUUUAUUGCAGUGGGAGGUGUAAUGGUUUUCUUCUUCUUGGCUCCAUAUCCUGAGGACAUUGGAUUUUCAUUCCCACAAGGUUCACCUUCUGAUUUGGAGGCAAACCCUAAGGACGAAGAAGCUAAUGUAAGAAAAGAAACUACAGAGGAAGAUGAAACACAAACUAUUAACCGAGCUGGGUCUGUGAGCAGGACAAGUGUUGGGCUUCUUGAAGCUUGUCUAAUACCAGGAGUUAUACCCUUUGCGCUGUGCCUCUUCUUCUCAAAGCUUGUGGCCUACACGUUUCUGUACUGGCUGCCAUUUUAUUUAAGUCAGACAGAAAUAGGAGGAGAAUAUGUUUCUGUAAAAUCUGCUGGAAACCUCUCCACUUUGUUUGAUGUAGGGGGCAUAGUUGGUGGAAUCCUUGCUGGCUACAUAUCUGAUAAACUUAAUGCUCGAGCUACCACGGCAGCCAGCUUCAUGUGUGCUGCAAUUCCAGCAAUGCUUUUAUAUCGCAGAUAUGGCAGUAUUUCACACAAUAUCAACAUUGCGCUUAUGAUGGUUGCUGGCUUGUUUAUUAAUGGGCCCUAUGCACUUAUCACCACUGCGGUAUCUGCAGACCUUGGUACGCACAGUUCGCUUAGAGGGGAUUCUCGAGCACUGGCAACAGUUACUGCCAUAAUUGAUGGUACUGGAUCAGUUGGUGCAGCUUUUGGCCCUCUUCUUACUGGUUUCCUUUCAACAAAGGGAUGGGAUGCAGUAUUUGUGAUGUUAAUGAUUUGUGCUCUUAUUGCGGCACUUCUUUUAUCACGUUUGGUUAUGGCUGAAAUUGCUGAGAAGACUUGCAAACAAGUUCCUGUAUCCGGUGGGCGACAAAGUUCCGGAGGUAAUACUUCUUGUAUUGUUCGCUUUAUAAACAACUUCCUUCCCACCUCAUCUCCAGCCAACACUGAUGAUACAAAUGUCUGGAUGGUCAGUGUAACCAAUUCUAUCUAUUUUCAAAAACCUUAUUUUGAGAAAUGGACCAGAUCAUGA